AUGGAUACUGCUCCCAAGCACUUGAUAUCCAUAAUGUAUAGGUCAUUAGUUCUCCGGGGCUCUGAGGCAUUACCAACAUACACAAAGCAAUGGAUAGCUGAGUUGGGCUUAGAUUUCGACUCUGACCCCCGGUUGAGGGCCUUUAGAUUAAUUAAGAAAUCAUCAGUAUCAUCAACAAUUCAGGAACUACACAUUAAAUACCUGAGCAGAUGUGAACUAAAGCAGAAGUUGGAUGAUGAAGUUAACAAGUGCUCCAUUCUGUCCAAGCAGCAAAAAUUUAAUGAGCACUGCUGUAUUCGCUGUUGUUCGCCCUUCACAUUCCUUAUCAACUCAAAGAGACAGUGUCUGGACUGCAAAUUCAACAUCUGUAAGAACUGUAGCUCCUACCAAAAGAAGGAAAAGGCUUGGAUUUGUAAUGUCUGCCAGCAAACACGGCUUUUGAGAACACAAUCUCUGGAAUGGUAUUACAAUAACGUAAAAAGUCGAUUCAAGAGGUUUGGAAGUGCUAAGGUCUUGAAGAAUUUAUACAGGAAGCACAGGUUGGAGAGUGGCGCUUGUGCAGAUAUUGUGGAGGGAAGUUUUAUUGAUGAAACCUUUGAAAAUGAAGGAAGCAUUUGUGGAAGUGACUCAACAUUCUACAGACAAACACAAGGGCACAGCAUGAUGGAUACUUUAUCAGUGGCCUUGCGUGUGGCAGAAGAAGCCGUAGAAGAAGCUAUUGCCAAAGCAGAUUCAUAUCGCGAUAGUCUGGAUAAACAGAAUGAGGCUUGCUAUUUGCGAGAACAUAAAGAAGAAUUGAUUGAGGAACUGGCUACAACCAUUGUUCAGAAGAUUAUUAAAAGAAAGAAGAGCAAAGGCGAACAAGCUGAAGCCCUGUAUGAAUGUCAGCGAUCAAGAGCCAGCGUCCUUACGUCACCGGUUAUGUCUGAUCGCAGUAUGCUUGCCCUACCGGAAAGUAACAGGGGAUCUGCUGCACUCUGGCGGUCUCAUUCUGCAUUUUCUCUAAGUGAAGAUGCUCCGAGCAGCAACACUGCAGAGGUUAAAUCCACCGUACCUGAGACGCUGCAUAGACAACACAAAACCCAAAGCAGAAGGCUCAAGGAACAUCAAAGACCAUCUAUGUUACCCAGCUGGAAAAGCGUGGACAGUCUGUAUGAUUCAAGUCCCUCACCUGUUCUGCAGAGCUCUGAUGGGAAUUGGGUAGCUUUGCAAAGCAUAACACUGCCCCCUCCUAGACUACUUGCCAAGCCCAAGAGCCAGAUGUUCACAGCUUUGGAAAGUGAGUCCAGCAUUGUAUCUGCUUAUGAUGAGAUGGGCUCAGAUACUGAUGAGGAAGUUGACUGGAGUUUGGCUCUCAAUGCCUAUAGGCGAAGGGCAAGACAAAUGUCAGAUGACUCAUAUUAUACAGACUCACAAUACAACACAGAAUGGGCUUGUGGGAACGAUUAUUACCAGCCUGUAACAUCUCCAUCAUCUGGGUUAUAUACUAACACCGAAACUGUGUAUUCUGAUUCUGAAACAUCAUCAGUGAACUCUUUAAAGGAAUCACGAGGCACUGCCAAGUCCCUCUGGCCAAACCGAAAAUCUCCAGCUGAUCAGUUGCAGAAGGAAAAUCUUUAUGGAAAGAUGGAUAUCAACUUUAACCCACAGUCUAUCAGUAUGGAGUACUCAGACAGCAGCGAGGCCGAGAAAAGUCAUCCUGACAUUGAGAAAAGGUCCAGGAGAUGGAGGAAGAGCAAGAAUACAUCUGAGGAAUUAGGGGAAGGAAGCAACUUUUUGAAAGUGCAGAAAAGGACAUUGAACAAAAAUAAGGGCUUCAGAGAUCUGUCAGAAACAGAUAUGAGUAGUGGAGACCAACAUCACGAACUAAUGUCCGAUAGCAUUGAGCAAAAGCUUAAAACAAGGUUAUGUGAAUUAAGCGCAAAAAUGAGUGACAAAGAAACGUCUUCUGGCGAGGAGCAAGAUAUAGAGCCCAGAAUGGAAACCAUGAACCAGGAGGUACUAUCCUCUGAAGAAAAUGGCAAAUGUAUGCAAGAAGAGUUAAAAAAGAAGUACUCUGCGGUAUCUCUCUGCAACAUAUCAACAGAGGUCCUAAAGGUCAUCAAUGCCACAGAGGAACUGAUAGCUGGAUCUACAAUUCCGUGGGACUCCCCAACAAAUUCCUGUGACAGAGGGGCGUUUCCUUUAAGUGCUGACCCAGUCAGACUAGAUGAGCAACUCAUCAAACUGGAAGAAAACGUUUAUCUGGCUGCCGGAACUGUAUAUGGGUUGGAAGGACAGCUCAAUGACAUUGAAGAUUCUGCCCGCAAAAUAAAUAGCGUCACCACUGAAUUAGAACUUGCUGAUCUGGAAGACCAAGUUGCAACAGCAGCCGCACAAGUACAUCAUGCAGAGCGCCAGAUUUCAGAUAUUGAGAGCAGGAUAUCUGCCCUUACUGUUGCUGGUUUAAAUGUUUCUCCUUGUGUACGGCUAACAAGAAGACGGGAGCAGAAAAACACUAAUCAGGUACAAACAAUAGAUACAUCCAGACAACAGCGGCGGAAAUUACCAGCAACUCCACUGCAAGAUGAAGUACCUGAAACACCCACAGUCACCACAAUGAGAACGUUUAACAGAAAUUUUGUACUGCAAGGCUCUUUGACUCAACGAAGUAAAGAACGAAAGAGCACUGCCAAGGGUGCUAUGGAACCAACUAAAGAAUCAACUCUAAUGUAUUAAAGACACCUAUUUAUACUGCCAAAGUAUGAUGCCUAAAGCUGUACACAAGAGUGCCUUUUUAACAACCAUUAUUGUUCCCCAUGGAAAAUGGAAUCUUGUGUGAAGCCACUUUGCCUCAGUAACAGGGCUUUGUUCAGAUACCUCAAUUGGAAUCUUCAGCCUUGUGCUCUGCUAAAUGAAACUGCCUUAAGUUCUUAGGAAAUACCAUGAAAGCUUAUCAAAUUUCUUAAGGAAGGCUCUGUUUUAUGAUGCACUUUUGUUGCUGUCAAAUUACAUAAGUAAUGUGUCAAAAACAUUGUUUUCUUAUUUUUCAAUAUACUUAUAUGCCAAAAGGAAAUGUAAAAUGCAAAUAUCUCUGUUUUAGAAAUAUGUCUCCUGAAUUUGUCAGUGUUAUACACAGAGGAACAUUGUAUGGUUGUGGUAUUAUUUUUGUAAUUAUAUCCAUUCUUUUAAUGAACAGGUUUUAUUACAUAUCCUAAAAUAAAUGUAUAAAUGCUGGGAUAGACCUAUACUAUGUUCAUUAUUGAUAAUAUAGUUAUAAAUUCCCAUGGUAAUGUUAUUAAUUGCAUUUUCUAAACCUUUUAUAAAUAUAAAAAGGUAGAAAUAAAUCUACAUUUUUUUUUCAUUUAAUUGAAUAAUUUUCUCUAAAAAAAGAACAAAAAAAGUGCACAUUCUGGGCUAAAACCUCACCUGAUGUUGGAAAUUAGUCUGAAUUAAAUGUUAAAAAAAAAACAAAAACAAAAAAAACAACAACAGAGGAAAUACAAGCUGUGCACAAUUCCACUAUCAAGGGCAGCAAAUACCUGUGCACAAUCCCCCAAAUUCUUUGAAAAAAUAUUAUUUUUAGUAUCAGAU